CCCUUCAUUCAAGUGUCAGUUGAGUUCAUUUCAAUAAAACCAAACUGUUCGAAUAUCUCGUUACAGCAACAGUUUCAAAAUUUUCCACAAAACAAAUUUUUGUUAAUCCGUAAAUUUAAUUCAGCCUGCAAAAAAAUCCAGCCAUGGUACGCGUAAUAGAGGACAUGUUCGGCAUUGCCGUUAACCCAAUGACCCAGAAAACGGAUCGAGUUCGUCGCUUCACGAUGACAACAGAACGUGGAUUAUCCGUUUCGGUGCUGACAUUGGGUGCCACUAUACAGAGCAUUAAAGUGCCCGAUUCGAAUGGUAAAAUCGAGGACAUUUGCAUGGGAUAUGACGAUGUGGCCGGCUACUAUUGCAAUCAGUCUCUGUAUAUUGGUGCCACAAUUGGACGUGUGGCGAAUCGAGUGAGCAGCGGCAGGUUCAAAUUGUGCGGCAAGGAUGUGAGCGUUAGUCGCAAUUACAAGGAUCGCUAUCAUUUAAACGGCGGCUAUAUUGGUUUCGAUAGCUGCAUCUGGGACGUGGUGGGUAUACACAAGGAUGGUGUGACCAUUCAACACAUUUCCCCAGAUGGUCAUGAGGGCUAUCCCGGCGAAUUGACUACCAAUAUAAAUUUCUCACUCAACGAGACAGGCUGCUUUGGUAUGCGUAUCGAGGCGAGGACAAAGGCCACCACCUGUGUGAACAUUACCAAUCAUAGCUACUUUAAUCUGGCCGGUCAUGGUGCUGGCAAAGAUGCCCUCUAUCAGCAUAUGCUGAUGAUCAAGGCAUCACAAUUGGUGGACACAAAUCUGGAUCAAUUGCCCACGGGCAAGCUCAUGCGUAUACGUAAUACACCGUAUGACUUUGGCAGUCUCUCCAGUUUGGGCAAGCGUCUCAAUCAGGUAACUGAGUGUCCACUUAGCGGUUUCGAUAAUAGCUAUUGUGUGGAUGUUCCACCAAAUCGUGUCCAGUUGGUGGCCCGGGCGGUACAUCCGUGUAGCGGACGUUUCAUGGAGGUGCACACGAAUCAACCGGGUCUACAGUUCAGCACGGCGAAUCUUCUGGCGGAUGAGGAUAAGGGUGAUGUACCGAAUAUUGGCAAGGGCGGUGCACAUUAUUGCCGACAAGGCGCAUUCAGUUUGGGCACACAAAAGUAUCCCGAUGCCAUGAAUAAUGAAUCCUUUCCAGCCAUUGUCUUGAAUCCCGGUCAGCUGUAUGAUCAUCAAGUGGUCUACCGAUUUGGAGCGUGUCCCAAGCGUGUCUAAUACUCCCAGGCUCUCUCAAAUCCCUCCAAAUUCAAGAAACCAAAAAUACUCAAAAAAAAAUAUGUUUGGCAAUAAUAAAAACCGUUUCAAAUUUUGA